AUGAGUAAAGGCAGCUUGGAGAUAACACAAACUCAAUUGCCUAGUCAGACAACUACACCUACGGCCUAUUCAUAUCCUCCUCUGCUUUCCGACCACUCGUUUCGGCUCCUCAAGCUGUUCCCGGGAACUGGACCUGAAAGAAUUACUGUACAGCUUUGGCAAUUCGAAUUGCCAUCUGCUCCAGCAUACGAUGCGAUAUCAUAUGUAUGGGGAGAUGAAUCUUCUACUAUAUCGAUCACGUGCGAUUCUCAACCCCUUGAGAUCACGCAGAACCUGCACUGGGCUUUAUACCGUGUCAGAGACCCGAAGGUAGCGAGCUUCGUCUGGGCAGAUGCAAUAUGUAUAGAUCAGCUCAAUGUCCUAGAGCGAAAUUCGCAGGUCGCGUUGAUGGGGUCGAUAUAUGGGAAUGCUAGGCUUGUGUUUGUUGCAAUGGGUGACGCCUCUGGGGAAGAUGAUCGAAAUGUCAUGACCUUGAUUAGAGAUAUAUCUUCAAUCUGGGAAAUUGUCACAACCCGCCUUGAGAUUGGCGAAAGUUUUCGGGACGAUCCUCGAUGGCGUAGCGUUGCUUCUAUAAUGGAUUGCACAUGGUUUACUCGCGUGUGGGUUGUCCAAGAAGUUGGAUUGGCGAGGCACCCGAUAGUGUUGUAUGGAAACACGCAUUUUCCUUACAGAGAAUUGAUCAAAAUUGUCACUUGGGCAAGGAGUCAAACUUGGAGUUCGAGUUACUGGAUUUCGGGAUGGAUCAUUCAUUCAGCAUGGUCAGAUUGGACACAGAUACCCACAUUUCCAAAUGUCGGACUCUUCGAUCUGCUAAGUCAUGGCGCUAUGUUAUCAUGUAGUGAUCCUCGCGAUCGUGUAUAUGCGUUUCUCGGACAUCCACUAGCGAAGAAUACGAGCGGUUCGAGCACCUUGCUUGCGCCUGAUUACACGAAAGAUUAUAGAGAAGUCUAUCAAGAAGUCUCGGUUUUGCUCUUGAAGCGAAUCGGGCUCAGGUUACUCUCUUCAGUCGAACACACAGAAGAAACCAUCAAAGAACCCUUCCCAUCAUGGGUGGUACGCUGGGAUGUCGCAGAAGUGAUGAAUGACAUAUCCCAAUACCACGACCAAUUCAAAUGUUACCCAACCAAUGACACUCGACUACUUCACAACACAGUUCAAGGCAACAAGCUAAUAUCCCACGGUAUAUUCCUAGAAACAAUCGCUAAAUCAUUCCCCAUGCGAGGCCGAACCGACGCAGACGUCCUAACCUUCCUCGACCACACUUCUAACACAGAAAUCUCACUGCACACCAUGAUCCACAACUUCACACCCGGCAACUGGCGCUCCUCAGAAAUCUACGGCCAAAACCCACAAACCGCAUUCCUCAAAACUCUGUCAGCUGGACACUACAAAGCUCCUUUCGACGCAGCGACUCAUCCAGAUGAAAUCUCCGCAAUUUACCACAGCGUCAUCGGGACCUGUCAUAAACGUUGCUUCGCCAUGACCGGGUCAGGAUUGUUUGUUCUUGCACCCUGGCUUACGAGACCGGGAGAUAUCUGUUGUGUGUUGUUUGGGGCGGGGGCGCCGUUUGUGCUUCGGCCGGCGGGAGGGAGUGGGGAGUAUCGGCUGCUGGGCGAGGCGUAUGUUGGGGGGAUUAUGGAUGGGGAGUUGAAGGUUAUGUUUAGUGAGAGUCAGUUGAGCGGGAGGGAGUUUGUGAUUUCGUAG